AUGGACCAAGAGCCUCUUAGUGUUCAUGAGAAACCCGAGGCCUCUGCUUUCAUGGCAGGUGUUGAGGGUGUCACUGUGAAGGGGGACAAUACCCGUUUUAGAUCCGAUCGUGGCGGGUCAACCCGUGACCUUGUUGCUGCUGUGACCAGUCUUGGUGUCAACAGGAAGAAAAGGAUGGCCAGACAGAGACGAUCUUCUUCCUACAAUCUUUUCUCCUUUGCUAAUUCUUCAUCUUCCUCCACCUUGCACGUGCCUCUCACCACUCUCCCCGCACGUGUCAUUGAUCCAAGGAGGUUGAAAUUCCUUUUCCAGAAGGAGCUUAAGAACAGUGAUGUCAGCUCCCUCAGGAGAAUGGUACUUCCAAAGAAAGCAGCUGAGUCUUACCUCCCCAUCCUUGAGUCCAAGGAAGGGAUUCUUAUCAGCAUGGAUGACUUGGAUGGUCUGCAUGUGUGGAGCUUCAAAUACAGGUUUUGGCCUAAUAACAACAGCCGAAUGUACGUACUUGAAAAUACAGGAGGCUUCGUAAAAACACACGGGUUAAAGCUUGGAGACUUUAUCAUAGUGUACCAGGAUAGUCAAAAUCAGAAUUAUGUCAUUCAGGCUAAAAAGGCUUCUGAUCAAGAUGUAAUAUAUACUAAUUUCACUAGUACUGAUGUCAAUGACAUGUUUCUUCACGACUAUGAAGUAAACCAUUCGAGCUCCAUUUACGCAGAUUAUCCUAACAGUGACGACCCAGCCAUGUCGUUUAUUUAUGACACGACGGCCAUCUCAAAUGACUCUCCACUAGAUUUUUUGGGUGGAUCACUGACCAGCUACUCAAGGAUUGGAACUCUGCAGGAAAGCUUCGGGUCUGUUGAGAACUUAUCUCUUGAUGAAUUCUAG